CUAACCAUCUGCCACAUAACCUUUGCCAGAUACUAUUUUCUUCUGUACCCUAAUUUACACCUCCUAUUUAUAGCUCUACUUUCUCUCCUGAUGCAGAGACCCUAUCACCACUUCUUCAAUGAUCUCAUAAUGGAAGCCAUUUCCAACAAAAACCAUGCACUCCUCCCUCACCAAUUCUCUCUCUUCUCAAACCACCUUCUUUCAAAACUCUCUAAUUUUCUUUGGCCCUUCACCUUCUUACUUCAAACAUUCUUACUUGUGCAAAACUCCCGACUUAUGUUUCAUUUUCUGGUACCAUGUUUCCUCUUUCUUUGUUUCCUGCUCAAACACUUCCUCUCAAAGCCCUCUCCCAUUUACCUUGUGGAUUUCUCAUGUCUGAAGCCACCAACCCAUUGCAGGGUGCCUUUUUCAGCAUUUGUUGAAAAUGCUUCCUUGUGGGAAGUUUUUGACAGUGAAAGCAUAGCUUUCAUGGACAAAAUCCUCCAUUCCUCAGGGCAAAGUGAAGAGACUUACCUCCCCCCUGCCUUGCACUACAUUCCUCCUAAGACUCACCACACUGAAUCCAUCAAAGAGGUGCAAAUGGUUCUGUUCCCCAUCGUCGACGAUCUUCUUGCAAAAACCAACGUUUCACCGCUUGAUAUAGACAUACUUAUCAUAAACUGCAGUGGCUUUUGCCCCUCACCUUCUUUAACCUCCGUUGUUAUUGAAAAAUACUCAAUGAGAAGCGACAUCAAGAGCUAUAAUGUCUCUGGCAUGGGGUGCAGUGCGAGUGCCCUUUGUAUUGAUAUGGCACAGAAUCUUCUGAGGGUACACAAGAACUCUAAUGCCCUUGUUCUCAGCACAGAGAUUUUGUCAACAGGAUGGUAUUCAGGCAAUGAAAAGUCCAAGUUGCUGAUCAAUUGCCUCUUUCGGAUGGGAAGUGCAGCAAUCCUUCUCUCAAACAAGAAAGAAGCCAAGAAAACUGCAAAAUACAGGUUGGUCACGACACGCAGAACACAAAGAGCCUUUGAUGACAAAGCUUAUUUCUCUGCCUUUAGGGAAGAAGAUUCUGAAGGAAAACUUGGGGUGACACUGAAGAGGGACUUACUUAAUGUGGCUGGUGAAACUCUGCGUGCAAACAUCUCCAUCUUGGGGUGUGAGAUCCUGCCUCUUUCAGAGAAGUUUCGGUGUGGAGUUUCUUUGAUCAAGAAGAAGUUCAUCAAGUCUGAGGGAACUUACGUGCCAAAUUUUAAGACAGUGAUACAACACUUCUGUUUGCCAUGUUCAGGGAGACCCGUGAUAAGAGAAAUAGGGAAAGGGUUGAAGCUCUCAGAGCGAGACAUUGAACCUGCUUUGAUGACACUGCACAGGUUUGGAAACCAGUCUUCUUCCUCGCUGUGGUAUGAACUAGCUUACUUGGAAGCCAAGGAAAGAGUGCACAAGGGUGACAAGGUUUGGCAGCUUGGAAUGGGAAGUGGACCCAAAUGUAACAGUGUUGUUUUCAAGUGUAUUAGGCCAAUAGUUGGAGAGUACAAGAAGGGACCAUGGGCAGAUUGCAUCCAUGGGUACCCAAUAAUAACCAUGGAUUAAGAAUUCUCAGCCUUUUUUAACUAUGUUAUCUUCUGGAUUUUAAAUGAAUACGGAUGACUGGCGCAUCUUUCUUUACUCAUUAUUAUUUUCUUAGCUUCAAUGAGGACCUUCAAAACUGUUAAUAUAAAGUUUUCAUUGUAUCAGUUCGCAGCGAAACUGCAAAAUUCAAAUAUAUAAUGCAUCAGG